CUACCUACCUACCUACCUACCUACGCAACAUUACCAUCUCAAUCUCAAGUUCCUUUUCUCAAAUCCUCCAAAAUCUAGCUACUUCCUUCCCACCCCCGCGAUACUAGGUCAAACUCGCAAACUUAUCUAUUCUUCGCCAAAAGGAAAAAAAAAGGAAAAAAAAAAAAAAGGAAAAACUCUUAUCAAUCUUCUACCUCAUAAAUUUCUUCUAUAAAUACUUCAAAUCUCAAACAAUCCAAGAAACUCCUGCAGGGAAAGAAAAGGAAAACUUACAUAUAUCAUCAUGGUAUCAUUCAGCUGUGAGAAUUGCGGAGACGUCCUUACGAAGAAGAAACUUGACCCCCAUCGAAAUCAAUGUCGCGGGGCAUCAUAUACUUGUCUGGAUUGCAUGGUACAUUUUCAGGGCCUAGAAUAUCGCUCGCAUACGAGCUGUAUGAGCGAGGCGCAAAAAUACCAAGGUGCGCUAUACAGAGGAGAGGGUAAAGGGAAGAAAGGAAAGCAACAAAACAAUCAAAAGAAUAGUUCGCAUAAUAAUUCUCAAUCCGCACCCGCCCACAACGCAUACGUCGAAGAUGCGCAAGAUGAGUACGACAAUUCGCAACAAGCUACAGCCCCGGUCCCCGAAGCUGCCCCUUCAACGCCAGCACCCGUCAAUGUAUUUGAUUUCCUCGUGGAUCCAACACCCAAUGCGUCGCGACUAGAUCUCCCCGCAGCGGAUGAGGUCAUGAACGAUUCUGAGCAUGAGCAACAAGUUCGUGAUGAGUCCAUGAGCGAUAAUGCAGAUAGUUCUGAAGUAGAGGAGAAACCUUCCACGGAUCUCGUACGAGUAAACGCAGCAGAUACUCCAAGUCUUACCAAUCUCGUCGAAUGGGGAUCAGGACCAGUACCAACCAACGGACCUUUCGAAACACCAGCACCAAAAGCAAUUGAGUGGAAACCAAGCAAGGAACAUGAGGGGAAAUCGAAAAAGGAUAAGAAAGACGAGAAGAAGAAAGAUAAGAAGCGCAAACGUUUACAUGUUGAUACAUCGUCCCGCGAAGGCGAUGUCCAAAUGAAUGAUGCGCCACCCGUUCUACAUUCAGGAUUGACCGCGGAAAUUGGCAAGCUUCAAACUCGCCCUUCAGUCUUCCCGCCAUCGCCAGAUUAUUCUGGUGCCGAUGCUGAGAAGGAAUCGCCUAGCGCAAGACCCAAGAAGACCAAGGAAUCCAAACGCGCCAGUCGUGCUCGCACUCGCAAUGACACAUUUGGUAGCAAUUUGAUGUCAUUGAUCACCACUCGCCAACCUUCCCGCGAGCACUCGGAAGACCGACCCAAGAAACGUAAGCACAAGCAUCGCACUAAGUCCUCUGAAAGACCUAAGAUGCUCGAAUACAAACCAAUGAACGGCGCUGGUGAUUCUUCCCCUGGCGAAAACCAAAUGAUCGUCUAUAAACCCCGCGCAGAACUUCUCAUGAGCAUGGUGAACAAGGGUCCCAAUAGCGAGAAGGGUGUUUCGAUGAAUAAGGCAUUGAAGAGAUAUCAUCGCGAGAGAACGGCAGCAGGAUUAGCGCUGGAAAAGGGAGAUGAAGAGAAGGAGCUUUGGAGGAGUUUGAGAAUGAAGAAGAAUGACAGAGGAGAGAUCGUCUUAUUUAUGUGAACAUGUAUCACAUUAAAAUGGGGGCGCUAACAGAUGGGGCGGGGUGCGCGACGGAGAUUGGGCAGAAUGGAGAGGAGGAGCAUUGUGAUACCAUAUUUCCUUCUUUCUUCUGAGAUGUAUGUUUGGGAUUGCAAAUUUUGUUGUUGCUUUUUUGUUCUGUACUUGCACUUGUACUUUUCUCAUGCGUUUUUCAUUCUUCUUCUCGUUCUUGUCUUUGUUCUUGUUCUUCUUGUUCAUACAUCUCUCGUGUUUACGUUUUCUGCUGCUGGAUUUAUGCUUAUGCUUAUGCUGUUAAUCAUGUAUAUGAGGGCAUUGCGUGCGGGUUUGACUUCUAGGUUGGAUCGGAAUAGGAAUGGAUGGAUGGGCAUAAAUAAGUGUACGAGAUUUGUGGAAUGGAAUGGGAUGGGCUUGAAAGGACUGGGCUAAACAGGGCUAACUGCAUGGGAUUGAAUUGAUGUUUGUUUGCAUGUGCUUCCAGGUACAUAUUUCUAGCUGGUUGGAUCCACGAUAUCACAUUAAUGGCUGUGGUAUGCGGAUUUGAUGUGUGCGAUGAGUAAGAAGGCGGAUGUAGUAAUGUGAGAGGAUAUUAGUGGGUUCAAUCAACCAAGCAAUCAAUCAAUCAAUCAAUCAAUCAACCAAUCAAACCUAGACAAUACACCUCUUCCUUUUGU